AUGUAACUGUUGAAACUUUACCUUCAAAUCAGCAACAUUAUAUUCAUUCGAAUUCUCAUUCAGCUUCAAAUGGAGUUACAGCAUCAUCACUUUAUAUUCCCAAUAGUUAUUCAAUGAAAGCGAGUAAGGUUCCUAAUAGUUCUUUAAUAAAGGAGAAAAAAAUAUUGCAUAAAUAUGAAUUUGCUAAUGAUCGGUUUGAUUUACGUCUCAAUUGGAUAGAUUUUGGAAUAAGGAAGUCGGGUUUUGCUUACGCAAACACAGGCAAUCCAGAAGUGGUUACAAAUGAUACUUGGCCAGAGGAGGCGGGUGUAAAAAAACCAAAACGAAACAGUACUUCAAAGCCUGUUAAGUUAUUCAAGCUUCAUUUAUAUAAUAUACCUGAGAAGGAGAAACCUGCGUUGCCAAAAGGAUUGGAUUAUAAGAAGGUUAUCACAGAUUAUUCAACAGAAUUAGAAUCUGUAGCAACGCGUUGGCCAAAUGUUGAUUUCAUGAAUCAAAUAUUGUUAAUUAUGGCAGUUCCUGCAGAGUUCUCCGAACAAGCAAACGCUACCAUUAGAGAAUGUGUAUACAAAGCAGGUUUAAUUUCAACCCAAUAUUCGGAAUCAUUACAACUACCUACCGAACGUGAGUUUCAUAUCCUUUAUUUACGUCAUCCGUGUACAUUGAAGGAACGUAUGAUCCUUGAUGUUGGCAGUACAUUCUUGGUAUUGUUUUGCGGUGCUGAUAUUGUGGAUCUUACGACUCAUGAGUUAUUGGAAAAUAAUAGACUAGGUGAAGUUACUAAACGUUCAGGUGAUUUAUGCGGAGGGACAUCUGUAGAUAGGGAGUUUAUAAAAUUCUUAAGACGAAAAGUUGGUGAUUCAGCUAUAAAUAAGCUGCUUGAAAAUCACUACGGUCAAUUUCAAUAUAUGGAACAGGAAUUCUGUCGCCGUAUCAAGUUUCCAUUUACUGGUAAUAGGAAUGAUUUUAAAACCUACGAACUUGAUAUCGAAGAAUUAUGCCCUGUACUGCCACAAUAUGUGACCGGAACUUCAAAAGUAAAAUUCGAAGAAAAUGAUUGGAUAAUUGAUUUAGAAUAUGAAGACGUUAAAAGCCAGUACACAAGAACUUGCGCUGCAAUGGGUUUGGUUGGCGGGUUUAGUGAGUCCAAGUAUCUUCAGACGAGAAUUAAACAAGAGUUUGGAGCUCAAAUCAGGGAAAUUUGUAUCCCAAGCAUACCGAUUACUGCGGUAGCAAGGUGCGAAUUUAUAAAGUACAGAUCAACAUAA